CGAAAUUACAGGAGUUUGGCGCGUAUGAGAUUGUAACUCCGGCCAGAUUGAACGAAGUCGGUGAGCAACUGCCAACGGGCGUGCACUUCAAGAGGAGAAAGCGGAGUACCGACCCAACAACCGCCAACAUCUCUCAUCAUUGGACCUCGCCGCACGCCUAUUAUCAAAUAUCUGCCUUUGGGCAGGACUAUUACCUUAACCUUACUCUCGAGUCUGGAUUUAUUGCGCCAGUUUACACUGUCACGAUACUCGGAGCAUCCAGUGAAGGUCAUAAUUCAGUGGAGGGGGAGGAGGAGGAGGACACGGAGUAUCAGCACUGCUUUUAUAAAGGACAUGUGAACGCUGGGCAGGAGCACACUGCAGUAAUCAGCCUCUGCUCCGGUUUGCUUGGCACUUUCAGGUCACCAGAAGGGGAGUUUUUUGUGGAGCCCCUUCAUAGCUACAAUAGUGAACAUUAUGAAGAAGAACACAUCAAACCUCACGUCGUGUACAGAAAAGAUGCCUCAAAAAAGACUGUAGAUGAUUCCGCUGCAUGUGAAACUUCAGGUUCUGCAGGACAUACAGAGCCAAACCGCAGACACAGGAACAGACUGAAGAGAAAGUCGCCCUCCAGCAUGCUGUCCGACCUGGAGACUCUUAAUUCCAGACUCUUCCCCUUCUCAGAAAACAAGCACAACUCCGCUAAUGAAAGCAGUGACUCCAAGCCACACCGGAGAUCAAAGCGUUUCCUCUCCUACCCCCGUUUUGUUGAAGUCAUGGUUGUGGCAGACAGCAAGAUGGUGGAACAUCAUGGAAGCAACCUUCAGCACUACAUUCUUACCCUGAUGUCCAUCGUUUCCUCCAUCUAUAAGGACCCCAGCAUUGGAAACCUGAUUAACAUUGUUAUUGUGAAGCUGGUCAUUAUAAAGAAUGAGCUGGAUGGACCCACUAUCUCCUUCAAUGCACAAGCCACUUUGAAAAACUUCUGCAUAUGGCAGCAAAGUCAAAAUCACCCUGAUGACAACCAUCCCUCACAUCACGACACCGCCAUCUUAAUCACAAGGCAGGACAUCUGUCGAGCACGGGACAAAUGUGACACUUUAGGUCUAGCUGAGCUGGGUACAGUUUGUGAUCCUUAUAGAAGUUGCAGUAUUAAUGAGGAUAAUGGACUCAGUACUGCUUUCACCAUCGCUCAUGAGCUCGGCCAUGUGUUCAACAUGCCUCACGAUGACAGUAACAAAUGCAAGGAGGAUGGAGUCAAGAACCAGCAACAUGUGAUGGCCCCUACGCUCAAUUAUUACACUAAUCCCUGGAUGUGGUCCAAAUGCAGUCGGAAAUACAUCACAGAAUUCCUCGACACAGGGUAUGGUGAGUGUUUGCUUGAUGAGCCGGUUUCUAGGCCAUACAGUUUGUCCCAGCAGCUGCCUGGACAGAUAUACAGCGUCAAUAAACAAUGUGAGCUGAUAUUUGGGCCUGGGACGCAGGUGUGCCCAUAUAUGACACAAUGCCGGAGGUUGUGGUGCACCAGUCCUGAUGGAGUCCAGCGGGGCUGUCGAACCCAACACAUGCCAUGGGCUGAUGGCACAGACUGUGCUCCAGGAAAGCAUUGUAAACAUGGCCUGUGCAUCCAUAAAGAGCAUGAAUAUGUUCCAGUUGAGGGUGCCUGGGGCGUUUGGAGUCCCUUUGGCACGUGCUCAAGGACCUGUGGAGGGGGAAUCAAGAUCGCUGUCCGCGAAUGUAACCGACCCGUGCCCAGAAAUGGGGGGAAGUAUUGUGUUGGACGCAGGAUGAAAUUUCGCUCCUGUAACUCUGAGCCAUGCUCCAAGCAAAAGAAAGACUUCAGGGAGGAACAGUGUGCCAGCUUUGAUGGACGGCACUUCAACAUCAAUGGUCUACCUCCAAAUGUUCGCUGGGUGCCAAAGUACAGCGGAAUUCUGAUGAAGGAUCGCUGUAAGCUAUUCUGUCGUGUUGCGGGCAGCACAGCUUACUACCAACUCAGGGACAGAGUGACUGACGGCACGCAGUGUGGACCUGACACUAAUGACAUCUGCGUUCAAGGCCUGUGCAGGCAAGCAGGAUGUGACCAUGUGUUGAACUCCAAGGCCAGGAGAGAUAAGUGCGGGGUGUGCGGUGGGGAUAACUCUUCAUGCAAGCCUGUGGCAGGAACGUUCAACAUAGUGCAUUAUGGUUACAAUGUAGUGGUGAGAAUUCCCAGUGGUGCUACAAAUAUAGAUGUGAGACAACACAGCUACUCAGGGAAAGCAGAGGACGAUAACUACCUCGCCUUGUCCAACAGCCGUGGAGAAUAUUUACUCAAUGGAGAUUUUGUGGUCAGUAUGUUUAAAAGGGAAGUCAGGGUAGGGAAUGCUGUUAUUGAAUACAGCGGCUCUGACCAUGUCGUGGAGAGAAUCAACUGCACUGACCGCAUUGAAGAGGAGAUUAUAAUCCAGGUGCUAUCCGUAGGAAACCUCUACAACCCUGAUGUCAGGUAUUCUUACAACAUUCCCAUAGAGGACAAACCUCAGCAUUUUUUCUGGGAUGCGUACGGCCCGUGGCAGGAUUGCAGUCUUUUGUGCCAAGGAGAGCGCAAGAAGAAGAUCUUGUGCAAUCGUGAAUCGGAUCGAGUGGUGGUUUCUGAUCAGCGGUGCCACGGUUUACCUAAACCAGCUGCGAUCACUGAGUCAUGCAACACAGACUGUGAACUCGGGUGGCACAUCGCUCGCAAAAGUGAGUGCACAGCGGCAUGUGGUGUGGGCUACCGGUCUUUGGAUAUUUACUGCACCAAACAGAGCAGAUUGGAUGGGAAAACCCAGAAGGUGGAUGAGCGGUACUGCAGCAGCCAACAUAAACCCAAUGACAAGGAGGUCUGCCAUGGAGACUGCAACCCUGGUGGAUGGGAGUACUCCUCCUGGUCUGAGUGUUCCAGGAGCUGUGGAGGAGGAACACGUCGCAGGAAUGCAAUAUGUGGAAAGUCUGACGAAAGAGAUGACGAUAGCAAGUGCAACCCACAAGAAAAGCUCACAGCUCAGCCCUGUAAUGAGUUCCUGUGUCCUCAGUGGAAAACUGGAGACUGGUCUGAGUGUUUGGUAACAUGUGGCAAAGGCUAUAAACACCGUCAGACUUGGUGUCAGUUUGGAGAGGAGCGUUUGGAUGUCCGUUUCUGUGACUCAUCCAAACCCGAGUCGGUGCAGGCCUGCCAACAGCAAGAAUGUGCGUCUUGGCAGGUGGGACCCUGGGGACAGUGUACCACCACAUGCGGACCGGGAUAUCAGAUGAGAGCUGUGAAGUGUGUGGUUGGCUCAUAUGGCUCUGUUAUGGAUGACACUGAAUGUAAUGCAGCAACUCGUCCAACAGACACUCAGGACUGUGAACUCUCUCAGUGCCCCGUGACUCAUCCCGUGGCCCCAGAGCCCAAAGUGAUGCCACAUCCUGGCCAUAAAACGCAGUGGCGCUUUGGAUCAUGGACACAGUGCAGCGCCACCUGUGGAAAAGGCACUCGGAUGCGUUAUGUAAGUUGCCGUGAUCAGCAGGGUGGAGUAGCAGAGGAAUCAGCCUGUGCUCAUCUGCCAAAACCUCCUGCUAGUGAGGUUUGCUCCAUAGUGGCGUGUGGACAGUGGAAGGUUCUGGAAUGGACUGCGUGCUCUGUAUCCUGUGGUCAGGGUACGACUACACGGCAAGUAGUGUGUAUGAACAUCAGCGAUCAGGUUGUGGAACUGAGUGAGUGUGACCUAGAUGACAAACCCGCGGCAGAGCAGGAGUGUGCCAUGCCCCAGUGUCCGUCCCGCUCCAGCGACCACGGGGGCUUUUCACCCAACCCCGAUUUUCGGAAAAAAACAGCUCUUCCAGGACGAACUGACCGCAACAGAGCUGGCAGACUCCAGGCUCAGCAGUGGAGGACGGGACCAUGGGGGGCGUGUUCGAGUACCUGUGCCGGAGGCUUCCAGAGGCGCGUGGUGGUGUGUCAGGAUGAGAACGGAUAUCCGGCCAUCAGCUGUGAUGAGAGCAUUCAGCCCAUUGAACAGCGCUCUUGUGAGUCUGGCUCCUGCCCGCAGUGGUUCUACGGCAGCUGGAGUGAGUGUUCAAAAUCCUGUGGAGGAGGGAUAAAGACCCGGCUGGUCGCCUGUCAGCGUCCCAACGGGGAGCGUUUUAACGAUCUGAGCUGUGAAAUUCUUGACAAACCACCCGACCGAGAACAGUGCAAUACUCAGUCCUGUUCUAUUAACCCUCACUGGAGCACAGACCAAUGGAGCUUGUGCUUUGCGUCCUGUUGGAGUUUACACAGUUCACACUUAGAUCAAGUAGGCCUUCAGAUCUCCUCUGGUGAAAGUGGAAAAGGGGGAGAUGAGGUGGACAGAGGAUUCUUCAAAAACAAAGAUAUGGGAGGUGGGCCAAAAGAGACUGACUGGUAA